AUGUACAGGUUCAUUUUGAUGAUGGACAAACAAGCAACUGCUAAAUCAUCUACCAUUUUCACCUCGGAUGCUGUUAAAGGAUAUACGAAGAAGAGGAAUGGAACGUUACAAGCUGCAAAAUGGAAUGCUUCUUUAGCAUCUAAAAUCAAAACUAAAUUAAUUAAUAACUCAUCUAUGUUUAAAGUAUCUUUAAAACAAAAUAAUAAAGCAUUAGCUCUGGCUUUGAGUGUGGAGAAAGAAAAUUCUCGGAAGCUAAAGAAUGAGAAGAUUUUUCUUCAGAAGGAAGUAGAAAAGCUGCAGCUUCAUAAUAUCUUGCUUCGUCGAAAACUAAGCUGUUUGAAUAAAACUCUCAUAGAAAUAGAAGCAUUUUUGAAUUAUAACCUCUUAACUGCAAUAGAAAUAAGCAGUCUUUCUGAGAAUCUUCAGGGCUGUCUUCCUCUGUCAGCUGGUCCGAGUAGCCCUACUGAUGACCAGUUCAAGAGUACAUGUCUGUCUGCUAGAUCUGUAGAAUUGCCAGUGAAGCUUCCUCUAAUUGCAACAGCUAAUGCAAAACAGCAAGAUAGCCCUUCUGUGUGUGAAAUACCAAGUUCUUAUGAGUGUAUCACUAUUUUGACAAAGGAAAUGCCUUCAGAUCGAGUCAAGUUUGCAUUACCAUUGCCUUCUGGUACAAAUAAUCAAAAGUUAAUUGAAAUAGACCCAGUGGAAACAACCGUUGACAAAAAUAUAUUUUUAAAAGAAAAUCAAUUAUGCACAGAACUAACUUGCAAUAGUGCCUUCCUGACUCGUGUCAAAAAUAAUACACAGUCUUUAAGACAGUCUGAGGAGCUUACAAAACAAUAUAAUGAUAGUUCAUUGCCAUUCUGUGGAAAUGUGACUGAAAGAAAGAAACAUGCAGUACUUCAUAAGUCAAAAACUCAAGAUAAUACAGAGGAUUUUGAUAAAAAAUGUAACUCAAAUAAUCUGCCUCAUCAUGGUAUCAACAGUGGCAGCACCACCAAUGACAUGAAUUUGCAGGAAAGUUCAAGUGACUUGUCUCGCAUUAUUCCUUCACCUCUUAAAUUUAGCAAUGAAAGUAAGAUAGCUUUUAAGAAGCUGCUUUCUACUGACAAGAUGAAGCCUGAAGAAACUGUUUAUGAUGCUGAUAUGGAGUUGACCGCCAGUGAUGCAGGUGAACUACUCACAGUUACAGCGAAAGACAAAGAUAAAUUACACCGAAAUAAAAAUAGUAAUGCCAAUUCUGAUAAAAUAUUAGCAAAUUUCAGAAAAGUAAAAUAUUCUAAGAAGGAUAAAAAGAAAAUUAAAAGCAAGACUGAAGUCGGUUCAAAUUUGUAUGCAGAAGAAAGGCACACUAGGGCUGACAAUAGUGAAGUUUCAAAAACUACUGACACACAAACUCAACUAUUCCAGAGUCAGACAGAACAGCUACCUACAGGAAAUUCUGUUUCUGUGGGGAAACACAGUUUGCUAAAUACCAGCAAAUAUUAUCGAGCACAGAGUUGUCCAAGUAAAGCUAAAGAUACUAGGAGGACAUAUCAGGUUAACUUAAUGAGUCCAAGAAAACAGGAGACAAAUAAAGAAACUUUCUCAGAAAUGCCUGAAGACAUGGAAAACAAAACACAAAAAGCAGACUCAAACUCAUCUAUUAGCAAGAUCCCACCAGAAGUUUAUUGUGCUGGAAAUUUACCAUUCCAAGAUAACAAUUCUAAUGUAUUGCCUUUACAGUGGGACUUUCUGCAUACAAAUAAGAAACAUUGCAGACCAAAAAUAAACAGGAAAACUUUUCAAAACCCUUCUAAAAUGAACACAGCAAAAGACUGUAGAGAGGAAAAUGGGCAGCAUGGAGAAUAUAUUUCAAAAAAGUCUCAAACAGAGAUACACCAACAUGACAGCAAGAGAAAACAAGACCAGAAGAGUAUUACAAAGAGAAAAUAUAACAAAAAAAGUAGUUACAGACAAAGUGGAAAAACUGAAAGUGACAGCAUUCAUAAAAUUACUCAGAAUGUAGACCAAAAGAGUAGCCAUUUUUCACCAGGCAGAUUAAAACGUACAUUGGCAAAGGCUAGCCGGAAAGCAUAUAUAAUACCAAAAGAAAAUCUUACACAGUUCUCACUUUGUAAAAAUGAAGAAUUAAAAGAGAAGGAUGCAUUGCAUGCAGAGGCUGUUCGUGGAAGUGAAAUAACUGAAACUCAGCAAACGCAAGUAGCUUUAGUUACUCAGAAUGGUGUAGCUAUGAAUACACCACAAGCUAAAGAACAAGUUGAUGAUGAUGCUAAUACAUUAAAGAAAGUCAGUUCCUCUUCAGUGGCACAUAAAACCCCUCACACUAGUAAUUCUCCUGAUAAUCAGGUAAAGCGCAAACAGAGGUUUAGUUCUGAUAUUACUGAGACCAGACCAGGAAAAAAUUAUUUGAGGCAUAUUGAUCAGGGGGGGCAGAAUAUUUUGGAUGACCAGGAAGUCCCUCAUGAGAUAGAUUCCUUUAUGAGCAAGUUAAAGCCUACAGUUCAAAAAUCAGAAUUUUUAAAAUUCUUACCUGUGGAAUGUUCUAAGAAUAUGCCAUUAAAUGUAGAUAGCUUUUUCCAGGAAGGCCUUUCCAGUGUGGAGCUCCCAGCUCUUGAUAACCUCAAUGCUUCCAUGAACUUCUCUAUACUGAAAAACUCUGAAAUCUGUGGGGAAAAUGAUCAUAAAGCACUGGAUGCUGGAAAAGCAGAACAAAAACUGGCUCAUAUUUCUAAAGAGACUUACAAAAAGGCUCUGACACCUUGUCAUGGGAGAAAGGCUUUGCAAGAUCUGACAAAUACUAGUAUACAGUCUCACACUUCCUUACCUAAAUCCCCCAAGACUUUAGAAGAAAACUCGGCAGCACCAUCUAGACGAGGAAGAGCCACUAUUUGCUACAAAGAACCCAAUCUAAACAGCAAAUUAAGGCGUGGGGAUCAGUUUACAGAUACACAAUUUCUGGAUUCCCCAGUCUAUAAAGUAAAAAAUAAAAGAAGUUUUAAAAGUAAAUCAAAAUUUAUUUGA